AAGCCGGCUGCUUUGCUUUCCACCUUCGCGACAGCGCGUUCGAUCUGUUCAUGUCCAACUGGAACUCUGGACAGGCCGGAUGCUAUUGCGCUUUACAAGCCUUGUUCCAUGUCACGCCUUUCUUCUGCGCUCGCUUUCGCCGCCUUCGUCGGAGAUCUGUUUUCCCAACACUUCAUAAACCAAGCAUCUGUGCAUCACUGUCUAUCCGUGCUUUUGGCGAAGCUUUCCGCCGUCGAGCAUAUAUAUGCAAUACAUGCGCUCCUGCUCCAUGCAAAUAAAACGUUAUGGCAUACUGCCGAAAGUUAUCAGUUGAUGCGCGAUUUUAUCGCGAGCUUCACGCAGAGAGCAAGCUCUGUCUCUGACAACGC